UAUGUGAUCCAGUCCCUCUCCUCUGGCAGAAAGCUGCCUCUGAGCCAGCGGAGUGGACCCAGUGUCUGAAUCUCAGCGAGACUGAUUGGUGGUACCUGCCCCGGACACAGUUAUUCCAAAUGCUGCGGAGACUUCCAGUCAUUGCCUGUUGGAUGCUCAUUAUUGGAGUGACAAAUGGUUCGAGUUUGAAAAGCAAAAUUCCCAAGAAUCCAGAAGCUUACAUGAAUAUCAGCCAGAUGAUUUCUUACUGGAAUUACCCCAAUGAACAAUAUGACAUCGUGACCAAAGAUGGUUAUAUUCUGGACCUUUACAGGAUUCCUCAUGGGAAAGGAGGUUCAGAGGGAACAGCUCCCGGUCGUCCUGUCGUGUAUUUGCAACAUGGUUUGCUUGCAACUGCUUUUAACUGGAUUGCCAACAUGCCCCACAACAGUCUGGCCUAUAUCCUGGCAGAUGCUGGUUUUGACGUGUGGUUGGGGAACAGCCGGGGAAACACCUGGUCUCAGAAACACGUGACCUUGUCUCCAAACUCCAAAGAGUUCUGGGCUUUCAGUUUCGAUGAAAUGGCUAAGUAUGACCUCCCUGCCACCAUUGAUUUCAUUGUGAAGAAAACUGGGCAGGAGCAACUGUAUUACGUGGGCCAUUCCCAGGGUACCACCAUUGGUUUCAUAUUAUUCUCCAUCGAUCCAAAGCUGGCUCAAAGAAUCAAGAUGUUUUUUGGCUUGGCUCCAGUCGUGUUCCUGAAGGGGAGUAAAAACCCUCCCACCAAAAUCUACCCCUUCUUGGAGGCAGUAGUGAAGGCUGUGUUAUGUGAAAAAAGAAUUUUGCCACAUACCAAGUUCAAUCGAUUCCUGGGAACCAAAAUAUGCAGCCUCCAAAUUUUUCGCUGGCUAUGUGAAAAAAUAUUCCUGGACUUCAUUAGCGAUGACUAUCGCAACUUAAAUAUGAGUCGCUUGGAUGUCUUCCUUUCCAAUUUACCUGGAGGAACAUCUAUCCAGAACAUUGUCCACUGGGGACAGAUUGUCACUUCUGGGCACUUGCAAGCAUUUGAUUGGAAAAAGCCAGCCCUGAACAUGGCGCACUAUAAUCAGGUGACUCCUCCUCUGUACAACGUGACACUGAUGAGGACACCGACUGCCUUGUGGAGUGGGGGAACCGAUGUGGUGGCCGACCCUACAGAUGUGGACAGUUUGCUCUCCAUCUUACCAAACCUCGUUUACCACAAGAGGAUUCCCCACUACACUCACUUGGACUUUUGCUUUGGAGUGGACUCACAUCUGCUUAUUUUCUAUGAAAUACUUGACAUGAUAAAGAAAAACAUGGAAACUUAA